AUGGAAAAUAACACCACCACCACCAAGCGGCUGCAACGCCCAGGCUUCGGCCUCCCCAUAUGCUCGCAGCCAGAUCAGGACACCUUCCCCAGCGCUGUGCUUGGGUGGAGCCCGGACCCAGCUACGGAGCGCGAGCACAGCAUGCUGGCCGUCAUGGACGCGCUGACCGACAAGCCGGACUGGGAGCACAAGAUCUUCGACGACGCCAUCGUCGCGCGGUGGCGUUCUGAGGCAGUGUACGAGCCGCCACCGCUGCGCUCGUGGUCGCAUGUGACGCACACUACGCGGCAGGGGUUUGACGAUGCGAUGUUUGAUUUUUGCAUCGCCGAGCUACGCGACAAGGCCGCCAUCUACGCCUCGAAGCGCUUCGUCCGCGUGCUCGACACGGGCACCGCGGUCGCCAAGUCCGACGUACUCAUCCCCGACUCCCUGCGGCAGCAGCUGGUGCGGACGGUAGCGGAGCUGCUGGAGGACGGCGUGCCGGAGGCGAAGAAGGACUGGCACCCGCGGUCGGACGAGCAGGUGCUGGACCUGGUGCACCCGUCGCUGUUCCCGCUCGUCUACGGGCGGUCGAAGAUCCUGGGGGACGGCCACACGCUCGGAUUGGACGACUGCUUGGCAGAAGCCGGCUGCGGCGAGACGGUGCCGCGCGAGUGGAUCGAGCAGGUGUGGGGAUCCCAGAACAAGGUGUGCCGGUAUUGGAACAGGCCGCUGUGGUCGAACCACUUCCAGUGGCUGCCGUGCGAGGUUGCGUUCACGGAGGAGGGGAAGACGCGGAUUGCGAGUUAUGUGAAUAACUUGCAUCCGGUCAGGCAGAGGGCGCUGUACCCCCUCAUUGAGCGCGUCAUGGAUGCUGCGAUGCCGCUGUGGGAGGAGGUUCUGGGGUACACGGCGGAACAUCAUGAGGCCGAGUCGUACCAACGCGUGGCUCUUGACGAUCCGUACUAUACCUACCAUGAUAUCGCGCAUGAAUUAUCUUUAGGUUGGGACCCGGACGAUGAUGACGAAGAGGACGAAGAGGACGAAGAGGACGAAGAGGGGGAGUCCAACGAAGAUGAUGAAGACGACGAGGAGUACGAGGAAAUCGAGGACGACAGAGACGAAGAAGACGACGGAAAUGAAGCGGAGAAACCAAAGGAUAGGAAACUCACUCGACUCGAAAAAAUGGACUCGGUCCGCACGAUCAUCCUUCCGAGCCCCAAACCCUACGAUGAAGAUAACAGCAAGCACACUUCCAAAGAGUUCAAAGUCGACCUCCGCCAGAAAUUCGCUUCGGAAGGUCUUCAGGUCAUCGUCAAGCUCGCAAAUAUCCACCUGAAGCCCGAAAAGCCCACCUACCGCGGUGGAUCAUGGCACGUUGAGGGUAUGCAAAAUGAAUGGAUUUGCGCGACGGCCAUCUAUUAUUACGACUGCGACAAUGUGACCGAUAGCUACCUCGGAUUCCGUCAGGGUGUCGACACGGAGUAUAUAACAGAGAAGCAAGAGUGGCAGUUUGAUUGGGGUGGACUGGAGUAUAUCUACGGCUUCAGGCAGGAGCAGCCUUCGAUUCAAGACGUGGGUCAUGUCCUCACGAAGCAAGGCCGCCUGGUCGCCUUUCCAAAUGUUUUCCAGCACCGCGUCGAGCCCUUCAGCCUGCAGGACCGCUCCAAGCCAGGCCAUCGUAAGAUCCUUGCCCUUUUCCUGGUCGACCCGCACCAGCGAAUCAUCUCGACGGCGAAUGUCCCCCCGCAGCGUCACGACUGGUGGGCUGAGGAGGUCGCCAAUGGGCGGGUCGGAGAGCUUCCAGCGGAGCUGACGGAGAUGAUCACCAUGAACGUAGAUGACUGGCCGAUGGGUAUGGAGGAGGCAAAGGAUCUGAGAGAGGAACUGAUGAUCGAGCGAACGGCGACUGAGGCUAAAUUUGACGACCAGGUGUUCGAGAAACUUAAUUUCUGCGAGCAUUGA